UCUCUCUCUUUCUCUCUCUAACGCAACAGACGCGACGCUCUCUGCAAUUCAUCGAUCACUCUAACUGUGCUCUCAUCGAUCAUUCGACUCCAGUUUUUCUUUUUAGUCAUAUUUGAGUUCUUGAUUUUAUUGUCCAUAUACUAUUUCUGUGGAUAAGUUUUGCAGGUUUUAUUUUUGGGUGCUGCACCAUCAAUAUUUUUAUCUUCCUCUGUUUGUUUCGGAAUCAUUCUUGUGUUUUUGUUUUUGGGAAAUUAACGCUAUGGAUGCAGGAUCUAUGAGUUAUUCGAACGCCAGUCACUCCCGCGGUCCCCUGCAAGACCAGCAUCUCCAGAAAAAGCAUUCUCAAGAAAAUUUGGAUAGAUUUAUUCCGAACCGAUCAGCAAUGGAUUUCGAUUAUGCACACUAUAUGGUGACUCAGGGAUGCAAAGGUAAGGAAAACCCUUCUUUUAGUUCUCCCUCUAAGGAGGCUUAUCAGAAACGGUUAGCAGAGGCAUUGAACAUGAAUCGAACUCGAAUCCUCGCGUUCAAGAACAAACCUCCUGCUCCUGUUGAUUUGAUCCCGAAGGAUUUCUUCGCCCCGGCUUCUUGCGAUAAACCCGUCAAGGCCCGCCGCCAUAUCCCCCAGACCUCCGAAAGGACAUUGGAUGCUCCUGAUCUAGUUGAUGAUUACUACUUGAACUUGUUGGACUGGGGUAGCUGCAAUGUGCUUGCAAUAGCGCUUGGCAACACCGUGUAUUUGUGGAAUGCAAACGAUGGCUCUACUUCAGAACUCGUAACUGUUGAUGAUGAAGUUGGUCCAAUAACAAGUGUAAAUUGGGCACCCGAUGGACGGCAUAUUGCUGUUGGUUUAAACAAUUCAGAAGUACAGUUGUGGGAUUCGACUGCGAAUAGACAGCUAAGAACUCUGAAAGGUGGACAUAGGAUGCGGGUAGGUUCUCUAGCAUGGAACAGUCACAUUCUCACAACGGGAGGAAUGGAUGGGAAGAUCAUUAACAAUGACGUGAGAAUCAGAGACCACAUAGUGGAAACCUACAGAGGCCAUGACCAAGAGGUCUGUGGACUAAAAUGGUCAUUAUCCGGACAACAAUUAGCAAGUGGAGGGAAUGACAAUGUCCUCCACAUAUGGGACAGAUCRACUGCAUCUUCAAACUCGUCGACCCAGUGGCUUCAUCGGAUUGAGGAGCAUACUUCUGCAGUCAAGGCCCUUGCAUGGUGUCCAUUCCAAAGCAACUUACUCGCARCCGGUGGAGGCGGUGGUGAUCGCUGCAUAAAGUUUUGGAAUACCCAUACUGGCGCAUGUUUGAAUUCUGUUGAUACUGGUUCUCAAGUCUGUGCUCUGCUGUGGAAUAAAAAUGAGAGAGAGCUGCUCAGCUCUCAUGGGUUCUCCCAAAACCAGCUCACGGUUUGGAAAUAUCCUUCAAUGGUGAAGAUGGGAGAGCUCACUGGCCAUACAUCAAGGGUUCUCUUUAUGGCGCAGAGUCCAGAUGGGUGCACUGUAGCUACAGCAGCAGCAGAUGAAACAUUAAGAUUCUGGAAUGUUUUUGGGACUCCAGAAGUUGCUAAACCUGCUUCAAAAUCCUAUAAUUCGGAGCCCUUUGCUAACGUAAACCGCAUUCGAUAAAUUUGUGUGUAUGUACAUUAAUAUUUUCUUGUUUAUAUACAUUACAACUAGGAAAACCUGUAAUUGGGUCGAUAAAGAAUUACGGUUACAACAUUUUGUUGUGUUUCUUAUGAUAUAAGAGAUCCAUAUAAAACUUUACAAAUAAAUAUACCUUAAAUUUUGUGAUGAAUUAUUUGUACUACAGUCCCAGCUGAUUCUUUUUAAGUAUGUAUCAGACCUGUUACUAUUGUUGAUCUCUACCUUUCAGUCACGUUUUAAUGUAUCUUAUCUAAUAUCUCUAGCUUCCA